AUGCUCUCACGUGUUGCUGCAGUGAAGGCACCCCGCACACACAACCGUCGCCGCGUGACCGGAUCGAGCGGAAGGAGGAGGGAAGGAGGAGAGAGCGAGCUGCAGAGACCCAACAUGUCCCGGCAUCUUUUCUACUCUGCGGUGGCCCUUCUCAUUGUUGUGAUGAUGUGCGACACUGGUGAUGUUGAAGCUGAUGCACCGGCGCCAGGCCCAGGAUCUUCACCGGAAAAUCAUUUUUUUUGGAGAAAUAAGAAAGAAGAAGAAAAAGUGGGUUCGCUCUAUGCUCCCAGUCUUCUUGAGGUGAAUGGUAAAGUGUUUGCCGUUGCCGAGGCGCAGUGCACGGGAAAAAAUGAUGCCGGUGAAGGCAGUUUCACUGGGAUUGCCUCGAAGCUCCUGACGUUGGAUAAGAAGCAAACAAAAGGGGAGUUGGAUGCGAGUAAAGUGAAGACACAAGUACUGGAGGAAUGUCCAUCCGAUAAAGCAAAAUGCGCCUCCCAACCAGAGGGCCAUGCUGUUUCCCAAAGCGAAACGAAAGUACUUGUGAACCGACCGACAACAGUCGUGAAACAAAAUGAAAUUUACAUGCUUGUUGGGAAAUACGGUCCUACAGCUGUUGUUGUUCCUCCGAAGAAUGGUGCCGAGGACUGCGGACUUUUGCUGGUGAAAGGAAAGGUUGGUGGUGAGAGCAGUGACAGUAUUAUUUGGGGAGAUACUGCUGGCGUCCCGUGCAUUUCUACUGUUGAAAAAGAAAAAGUAGGUUCGACACGACUGAUUGGCGGCGGCGGAUCGGGUGUUAAGAUGCAUGAUGAUACGCUUGUGUUCCCCGUGGAAGUCACGAAAAAGGAAGGUGAAGCACCAAAGGAUGGAAAGACCGUUUCGCUGCUCAUAUACACCUCCGGUAACGCUGCGAGCUAUACACUGUCGAAUGAGGUUCCUUACGAUGGCUGCAGUGAUCCCUCCGUUGCGGAGUGGAGGAAGGAGGACAAAAAACUCAUCAUGAUGACUGCGUGUGAUGAUGGCCGCCGCAGGGUGUACGAGUCCGCUGACAAGGGGGAGUCGUGGACGGAGGCACUCGGGACACUCUCGCGCGUGUGGGGCAACAAACAGGGCGCAGGAGCGAAGGCCGUUAGGAGCGGGUUUAUCACAGCGACAAUUGACGGUGAUGAUGAUAACAGAAAUGUGAUGCUCGUCACUCUGCCGGUGUAUCCCGAGAAGGCUGAUACAGGAGGCAAUGGAAAGGACAGACUCCAUCUUUGGCUGACGGACAAUACGCACAUUGUUGAUAUUGGGCCAGUAUCCGAUGAUGACGCUGCCGCCAGCUCCCUGUUGUACAAAAGUGGUGAAGGUGAAGAUACUAAUGAGGAGUUGAUUGCACUGUACGAGAAGAAGAAGAAGGGCGGUGAGAAAGAAAAACCAUCACCCGAUAUGGUCUCUGUGCUUCUGACUGCGCAGCUGCAGCGUGUGAAGGAUGUGCUGGCGACGUGGAAGAAAGUGGACGACCUUGUCUCCAAGCUGUGCCCCUCAAGUGCCGCAGAAAGUGCCUCACCUGAAGAUGCCUGCAGCCCUACUGUUAAGAUCACGGAUGGGCUGGUUGGCUUUUUGUCCGGCAACUUCUCUGAUAACACAUGGAGAGACGAGUACCUCGGGGUGAACGCCACAGUGAAGGACAAUGAUGGGGCGAAGAAGACGGAUAACGGCGUGACGUUCACGGGAGCGUGGGCGGAGUGGCCCGUUGGCAGUCAGGGGGAGAAUCAGCUGUACCACUUUGCGAACUACGACUUCACUCUUGUGGCGACGGUGUCCAUCCACGGCGUGCCGCAGGAGGGUUCUCCCAUUCCUUUGAUGGGUGUGAAGAUGAAUGACAGCGGGAAGACUGUACUCCUGGGACUGUCAUACAACGGCGGAGGCAAGUGUAUAUUAGUGUGCAGGGGCGGAACGAACACUGAGGGUCAAAGCGUGACUUUGGCGACGGAGGCAACACACCACGUGGUGAUUUUGCUACGGAACGGCACCCAGGGCUCCGCGUACGUCGAUGGUAAAAGUGUGGGUGGGGAUGUGCCGUGUGCAUUGGAGAAUAAGGAUUCAAAAGCGGUAUCCCACUUCUACAUUGGAGGGGGCGAACGCAGUGGAGACAGCGCAGGGAGCGAAGAAGACGUGUCUGUGACUGUGACGAACGUCCUGCUGUACAACCGCCCGUUGAAUGACGAUGAGAUUAAUGCGCUUAACACAAAACUUUCUAUUCCAAAAUCAAAAGUUACAAAAACAGUGAAGGGUACUCCACCAGUGGCAAGUAAACCAGUUACGCUGGAAAACGAAACUCCGUCUAGUCUUGGUGGGCAACAGCAGAGUGAACAGGAUUCGUUGAGGAAAAGUAAAGAUGAGGGGAGUGGCGUUUUAACCACGUCAGCGGUGUCCAGUGCCACGUCUUCCCCAGCAGCCAAAGAAUCCGAAGACCCGUCAGCGUCGGGAACAUCUCCCGAAGGACAUCCAAAUGCUGGUGUUGAUUCUUCGUCCGAGAGAGGUCAAACGGUGGAUGCCGAAACUGGAGAAAUGGUGCAAGGAGAUGGAACACAACAACCGUCAGUGGGCACUCCUGCCACAGCAGAUACAAAUGCCCCUACCGCUGAAACCAUGGCGCCAGAUGGAACCGCCGUGACACCUGAGGUGGGAGGGCACUCUGGUGAGAAUGGGGAAACGGCGGGAGGAACGGAUGGGCAGAAAAGGGAGGGCGAAGUAAAGGCUGCGGCACUCAGCAGCAGUCUCGGAAAUAUUUCACAGGGGAAUAACAGCGAUGCCGGCACCAUGUGUGGGAGCGGACUGCUGCCAUCGCUGCUUCUGUUGGGACUGUGGGGAUUUGCGGCUCUGUGA